CCACGCCUCGUAUCGACCUCACCGACCUUACAGCCACAUCCCACCUGAAUUUGGGAUCUAUCUCCCAUAAGGAGACGGGAGAUGUUCAUCUGUGAGGUCGGUGUGAGGCGCGUCCUGUGAGAGUAGUUCCGGACUCCUGCCUGGUCUGAUUCUGAUUUCUGACAACACUGAAAUCACUACAACUGUUCAACGUAAUUUGCCAAAUUACCCCUACGCGCAGCAUGCGGAUUGUGGAAACGAGAAUGCAUAACGUAACUGCCACCCAUUUGCAUGGUCCUUUUCCCUAAGAAUCAGUGGCAAUUUAGUAAUUUUACUGACAACGAGCGUUGGAGGUUGUACUCUCCUUGAUUCGUUGCUGCCUCUCCCAAGUCCCAACUCGCACCGGGACAGGAAGAACCGAGGAACCCGAGAUCUCUCCAAGUUUAGGCAAGGAAUUCGAAUAGACUUGCAAUGGCGCCUCCAAUCCUUUCUUUAGCUUUGCCAUCCGAGACGGGUCGAGUUCUCAGUAUCCAAUCUCACACUGUUCAGGGAUACGUUGGCAACAAAUCAGCUAUCUUUCCUCUUCAACUGCUGGGCUAUGAUGUGGAUCCCAUUAAUUCAGUGCAGUUCUCUAAUCACACAGGCAAGCUGCUUUAUAUCACUUCAUUCCAACAGCCUCAGAACUUUGAGGCCUGAUAUACGGGUAUCCAACUUUUAAAGGACAAGUUUUGAACGGACAGCAACUAUGGGAUUUAAUAGAAGGUCUUGAAGCAAAUGAUCUAUUAUACUAUACCCAUCUGUCCACGGGUUACAUUGGUUCAAUCUCCUUUCUUGAGACUGUGUUGAAAGUUGUUGAUAAGCUACGGUCUGUCAACCCAAAACUAAUGUAUGGUCGUGAUAACCAGUGUGCACAUAGAGGAUAAUCUCCUACUUAUUGGUAGCCAUCAAAAAGAAAAGGGUCAGCCUCCAGAGCAAUUCAGGAUUGUGAUACCCAAAAUCCCUGCAUAUUUUACGGGUACAGGAGAUCUAACAACUGCCCUAUUACUGGGAUGGAGUAAUAAAUAUCCUGACAAUCUUGACAGAGCCUCAGAACUUGCAGUAUCAAGCUUACAGGCACUGUUAUACAGGACAGUCAAUGACUACAAAACCGUGGGCUUUGAUCCUCAAUCAAGUAGUUUAGAAAUAAGAUUGAUUCAGAGUAGGGAUGAUAUAUGCAAUCCGCAGGUUAAUUACAAGGCAGAGAAAUAUAAUUGAUAGGUUGACAUGCAUGGAAACCUGUAAUUAGAUAUUCAUUUUGUACUCCGCAUAUUUUUCUCUAACAGUCCAGGUUAUUGUUUUUCUUGUACGUAUCCUGUAGUUCCAUCUUAGGUGGUUCUUGUUAUUCACUCUAUUUAAAUUAACUAAUAAGUGUAGUUGAUGAUUUGGUCUACUUCAGCUUUUUUCUUGCAAUUUUCAAU